AUUGCAUUGUUACAAUAUUCGAAACAUGAUCGUUGCAAAUAAGUGUUACACUUGAAAUAUAAUGCGUUUGUUUGAGCAAUCGUCAUUUUCCAUGUACUGUAAGUGAACGUCUCAAGAUAACGGGGGAGGGGUUUGUGAAUCCUGUUAAGCUACCAUGUGAAAUUGUUAAAAUGACACUAAAACUGUGUUGAAUACAUUAGCACAGUCAUUGAGGAAAAAAAUCACAGUCUAAUAGUUGUAUCAACAUUUAUUAAGAACAUUAAGAAUGUACCAAACGUGUUUUCUUUGCAGCUCCAUAGUUCGCAUCUGAUGAAUCUGCUGGAAAGUGAAAUAAAAGGGCUUACGAGCACGCACACAUCCCCCUGCUUAACACGAUCCCCUAUUGAUCCAUAACACCGGUACUUCCUACUGUGGUAAAUGUCGUAGAAUUCACUGAAUAAAUCUGUGAAAAACAAUCUUACUUAUUGUAGAAACAACUCCACCCACUCGUCCAUUCAGCGCCAUCCAAUAGCAGCAGCUGUCGCACUAUUUAUAGCCUACUAUACAUUCCUAAACCAUAAAUACAGUAGAAUUAAAUCCAUAUAGGCAUUAGAGCGCACACUGCGCACCACUGACUUCAGGAGUCUUACCAAGAACGAGAAUCAGUUCUUCAAGAUCUAAAAACCACGGCGGCCGCACCCGCAACAAGCAUGCAUGGACCCCCAGCAAACAUGUUCGAUACCGUCCCUGGAUAUGAAGGAACAGUGGCUGGCGGAGGCGGUGGGUAUCUUCCACCUCCAAUGCCAUCUGUACCGAUGCCUGUGCCUGAACAGGCCCCCAGCCCACCAGACUGGCAUAUACCCUCCAUCUCAGAGGACAGGGCACGUCAAGCUUUCGCAACGUACGUCUCCAGCAAGUGCUGCUAUAGUUCUGCCCCCGUCAGAGAGGGAGUCAUAACCAAUAUGGAGUCCUUUAAUACCUACAGGUAUCGUUUGGAGACGUUCAUGGAGUCCAGAUCUACUGAAUGGAGUCAGGAGCCUUACACAGGUCAGCCUGUGGAUGCUGGUGUUCAACCUACUCCAGGUCCGUGGCAGAUUGCAGCUCAACCUCCGGCCUUCUUUCAAGAGUGCAAGCAGACAAUUAAAGUGCCCUAUACUUCCUCAGUCAAGAACUGUCACUUGUGUCUGGGAAUGGGAAAAACCCCCUGUACCACCUGUGCUGGAGCUGGAAAUAAAGUCUGUAGGGUGUGUAAUGGUUCUGGUUACCGUCAGUCUGAUGACCGCUGCACGCACUGCAAUGGGCGCGGACGUGAAAACUGUAGUUCAUGUAGCGGCAGCGGCUCUUGCCAGUGUGACACCUGCCAUGGAAAGAGACAGCUGCUCGUCUUCAUCAACCUCAAUGUUAAAUGGAGCACUGAGAAGGAUGAAUUCGUAGCGCAAGAUUCAAGUGGUCUGAGAGGGCAAAAACUGGAGGAGGUUUCAGGGAAGGAGCUCUUCAAAGACGCCCAGAAUAUGGUCUAUCCAGUGAGGGGCUUUCCUGAUGUUUCUGUUGCACAAGCUUCUGAGCGCUUUGUAAGAGACCAUCAGGUGAAAUAUGCCCAAAAGUCCCGCAUGUUACAACAGAGGCAGACAAUCGAGCUCAUUGCCAUAACCAAAGUGAACUACAUGUGGAAAGGAAAGCCUAAUGUUUACUAUGUGUAUGGAAAUGAGUUUAAAGUGAAUGCUGAUUACUAUCCCGCCACUUGCUGCUGUUCUGUAAUGUAACAUCAAAUA